GAUGCACAUAUAACACAAUUUUUUUGUAAACAUCAUCCAUUCAUUUCAAUCAUUUCCACUGCUUGUUUGUGAUUGCUUUCAGCUGUGCUCCGUUUCAUUGAAAUUGUUUUUAAAGUUGUUGUUUCAUAAAGACCGAAAAAUGGUGGACUGCAGCACCCUAAUGAGGAAUUAUUCCAGAUACAUGCUGGUUAUUUUUAAUUUCUUUUUCGUGCUCACCGGUGUGAUCAUUAUCUCGAUUGGAGUAAGCGUCAAAGCCUACUACAAUGAAUUUGACCAUUUGCUCGACGACAGGUACUUCUACGCUUCCGAUUUGCUCAUUGUUGUUGGAGUUAUUAUUUUCGUCAUUUCCUUCUUUGGAUGCUGUGGAGCAGCUAAGGAAGAUGCUUGCCUUACGUCUACAUUUUCAGCAUUAUUGAUUAUCAUUUUCAUCUUGGAAGUAUUGGUUGGAAUUGGAGGCAUUCUUCUCAGACACAAAACGGAAGACCUUUUGGAAGCUGAAUUGAAAAAGAGCAUGGCCCUGUAUAAUCACAAUGGCUCCGAAGAAAUUACCAGAACUUGGGAUGCUGUCCAAAGUCAGAUGCAUUGCUGUGGAAUCAAUAACUAUACUGAUUGGUACAACAUCUCACUGAGAGCCUCAGCAGACAUUCAAAAUAAGACUACUCUUCCAUUGAGCUGCUGUGCAAUUCCUUCUGGUACAAUGGGUGACUUCAAUUGCAAUGCUACUCAACCUGCUUUAUAUCAUGUUGGAUGCUUGGAACUCUUUGGAGAUUACAUCAGAGACAGUACUUCUAGCAUUGAAAUUGCAGGACUAACAUUGGCGUUUAUACAGCUUCUUGGAAUCGUCCUCUCAUGCUACCUAGCCAAGCAGAUCAGGAGUGAUUAUGAGACGGUGUAAACAGUCAAUGUAUAAAAUACCUACAUAAUAUUACUACUCCAAAAUAUUUUUUCUUUUACUAGCAUUAACCAAAAUAUUAAUUAUUAUGUUUUAGAAAUAGCAAUAUCAGUUCUAAACUGAAAAUAAGUUAGCCAUGCGUGUUAUGAUUUUGAAGAAAACAAAAAAAAAAUUAAUAAAAACUAUAGGCUGAAAAUUCAAGUGGUGAUUUUUAAAUUGUGGUACAUAUUUCUAUUAUUAGGGUUUGGAACGAUGGACGAGACAUGGUUUAUUUUUUUUAUUUUUAAUAUUAUCGGGGGUGAUAGCAUAAGUGCAACAUGGACAUGAACUGGUUAUAUCCUGGUGCAUGAAUGCCAUUCAGUGGAAUAUUUCCUAAAUCGAAUCCAAAACAUCAAAAUUAGAAUGUCAAUUGUCACUAUAACUACGUUGCAAUUAUCAUCAGCUACAUAGCUAUUAUUGCUGUGAUUUUUUCGAUAAUUGCGUUCCUUUUAAUGGACAUAAGGGAAAUAUUCCUUGUAGUUUCUAGAAAGUUUUCACAUUUGUUAGUGUAGUGAAUAACAUAAUAUUAUACGUAGUUUCUUAAAAGUUUUCCAUUUGAUUUUAUUAAAUUAUUAAAAUGUGAUAAAUUAAAAUAUUGUAUUAUUU